UUUGGCGUCUGGCGCUCCGUUGAAUCAGUUAGGCUCGCUCAGUCUUGUCUGGUUCGCAGCACAGCAGAAGCUGCAUCUUCUUUGUAUUCCUUUUCUCUUGUUUAUUUAAGGAUCGGAUCAAUGGAAAAUAAACCGAGCAGUGCAAGAAAGCGACUCACCGACACUGGAUACAAACGGCGUGUCGUCCAGUGACAAUCUGAUGCUGUGAGGAAUAAAGUGUAUCUGCUGAGAGGAAACGAGCGUAGGUCAUGAACUUUCACGCUGUGAGACUGGAUAUAUGACAAAAUAUAGACUUUUACUUGGGGAUUAACAUAUGCUAAACCUUGUAUCAUUUCAUAUUCGAUAUGACACGAAAGGCUAUCAAAGUAUUAAGUGAAUUCAGCACUGGAAAGUCUUGCUUACUAUUGAAGGACUGCCAGUGUUGAUAUUUAUAGCACUUGAGAUGGGAAGAAUGUAGGCUAUCUUAUGCACUUGGGAAUGGACUUUGGGAAUGUCCUCUGAUUUGGGAAUGAUGGACAACGGACCCACCAUUGUCUACGAGUGGCUGAAAACCCUCCAGCUGUGUCAGUAUGUGGAGUCAUUUGUUGACAAUGGUUAUGAUGACCUGGAGGUGUGCAAACAGAUAGGAGACCCUGACCUGGAUGCCAUCGGUGUCUUCACUCCACAUCACCGGGAAAAGGUUCUCCGGGCCGUGGAGAGACUCCGAGAUGAAGACAAGAAGUUGGCACCGGGACUGUAUUUCACCCUUGAACCCCUUCCACAUGGCACAUGCUCUCAAAUUAGUGACUGCAAACAGAAAUGCACCAAGUCUUGGGUCAAUUCUACUUGGGACAGGCCCAGGAUCGGACUCUCCAAUGACAUCAAAGCACUAGAGAACCACAAGGAGCCGGUGGUGUAUCCCAAACUCAAGCUGAAGAUAAUGAUAAGGGAUAAGCUGGUGAAGCAUGGAAUUGACCUGAGCAAAAUGCCCUACUCGUAUAAAGAUGGCUCUCUGGGUAACAUUGAGGAUCUGGCCCAAGAGUAUUCAGAGUAUUACAGCACGUCCUACAGCGAAGUGUGUGACAGAAUGGAGGAGUUACGCAAACGCAGAGUCACUCAAGAAGCAGAGACGGGAAAGGCUGAAUCAACAACAUCCCUUCAGCUGCGGUUGGAAAUCCAGGAGUCACUGGGUCUGUCUAGCGCCGUGUCCACACCUGAGGUCGAGAGGAGGCAAUCAAUGAACAAAUCCAGCUCUGAAGACGGAUCUGCAGGGAAAUGGGACAGAAAGAAAAACAAAUCGUUCUGGCAAAACUUCCGCAAGGCACAGAAAGGGAGCGUUCGAGUGCCACCGAAAGGAGAGGAUCUGGGCUUCGUGGCCAGUGAGAUCACAAUGAGUGAUGAAGAACGCAUCCAGCUGAUGAUGAUGGUGAAGGAGAAGAUGAUCACAGUGGAGGAAGCCUUGGCUCGGCUGAAGGAGUAUGAAAUGCAGAACAAGCAGUCCAACAGCGUGGACACGACCGAUUGGACCGACACACCCAGUCCGUCCAUGACCGAGUCCUCCUACUGUAAUUCGAGAGAACAGUCGGAAGAUGAGCUGGAAGAGUCAGUCACCUUUCGUCGACUUCAUAAACUUGUCAAUUCAACUCGACGCAUGAGAAAGAAACUUAUUCGAAUUGAUGAGGCCAAAAAACAUGGCUCAAAAGACCCUGUGCUUCCGUCGGGCGAGGAGGGCGUCUCUCUGUACUCUGGGGUGCACAGAUGUCUCGCCGUGUCCCAGGGUGAUGGUCUGAGCUCCGUGCUUCAUAAACAGCUGUCUCUGGACAGAGACUCGGACAGUCUGACCACGUCUCCCUCCUCCAGCAGCUUAGACACCUACAGCAGCCACAAGCUCUUCGAGGCCUUCAGUAAGUCCAGCAGCAGUCAGGGUCUGGAGCCCACGUCGGGACCCGGCAGAGCGGUUUCUAGGCUGGACGCAGGCAGCGGGUCCUCCUUCUCUGAGGCAGAUGGUGAGGUCGAGCACAGGUUGUCCCGCUCUGUGACAGAUGGGGAGAUGAGACGAGCCCUGAGCCCCUCUAACUACCAUGGAAGGACCUGCAGCUUUGGAGGAUUUGAUCUCACAAGCCGAUCUGUGUACAUGAGCAACAGCAGCGGUGACCCCACAAAUGAAAACAGUGAUAGCAUGAGACACACGUCCAGAUCUCCAACACCUUCCCGUAUCUCUCUGGGGAAGAAGGUGAAAUCUGUUAAAGAGACCAUGAGGAAACGCAUAUCCAAGAAAUAUAGUUCCUCUCCAUCGGAGCAGUCAAGCCCGAGCCGAGCUCCCAGCAGCCCACUGUCUCCUCGCAGGGACACAGACUCUCUGGAGAAACCCAAACUCAAGGCCGGAGGAUCAGUGGAGAGUUUGAGGAGUUCCCUCAGCGGACAGAGCUCCAUGAGCGGUCAGACGGUCAGCACCACAGACUCGUCCACCAGUAACCGUGAGAGUGUGAAAUCAGAGGACGGUGAUGAAGACGAGCUGCCGUACAGAGGGCCUUUCUGUGGCCGAGCUCUGGUUCACACAGACUUCACCCCGAGCCCGUAUGACACCGACUCCCUCAAACUCAAGAGAGGAGAUCUGAUCGACAUCAUCAGUAAGCCGCCCAUGGGCACGUGGAUGGGGCUCCUCAGUAACAAAGUGGGAACGUUUAAGUUCAUUUACGUGGAAGUGCUGAAUGAAGAAGAGGAGAAACCCAAACGCAGCGUGAAGAAGAGGAGGAAAGGUCGCCCUCCUAAACCGACCUCUGUGGAGGAGCUUCUGGAGCGCAUCAAUCUCAAAGAGCACAUGCCUACAUUCCUGUUUAAUGGUUAUGAGGAUCUGGACACGUUUAAACUGUUGGAAGAGGAAGAUCUGGACGAGCUGAACAUCAGAGAUGCUCAACACAGAGCCGUGCUGCUCACCGCCGUCGAGCUGCUGCAGGAGUGUGACAGUAACAGUGACCCGGAGCGCGAGGGAUCAUCCGGUGAGUCCCAAGAGAAGCUUCUGUCCGAGAGCAGCGUCCCGCCAGGAGACUCUCCACGGGACUCGGGCUGUUACGAGAGCAACGAGAACCUGGAGAACGGCAAUGGCAAAAAGACGUCUCAUUUAAGCAGGUCCUCAUCAGGCUUCGAGUCCAGCCAUCUCUCCUCCCCUGAGUUUCCCAUCCCACCCCUCUGCCAUUCCAGCAGGUUGAACCCACAAACCAGUCAGGACGGUCCACUUCCACUGCAGAUCGACUCCAUCAAGAGUCUUCAUCUGAGAAGAAACCACUGCAUGUUCAGAGGAAGAUUCCUGAGUCGCAGUUGCGGUGCACUGGAUCAGCUGUCUACUCAAACUGAGCUUAGGAAACUUUACUUCUCACUAGAGGAACUUCAUCUGCACCAAAGUCCUGAGAGAAAGCAGCCGAAUAGCUUAGAAAUGGUGUCCAACAGUAUUGAGGAGAAUCCAAGUCAAGGUCAGGAGAAUCUUCUCACAUCUGAAGAGACUGUAAACGGAGCUCAGCUGUCCUCCAGCGUCUCAGUGGUGGAGUAUGACGAGGUGCCUGUAGAUGAUCUUCCUCCAUGCACACAGCACAUGAAACCACCAGUUCCUCCAAAACCUCUUCUACUGCCAUUAUUGAAGAGCGUUGAUGCUGGCUUCAGGAGAAAGGAGGUUUCUACAAGCACAUCUAAGUCAAACUCUGGCCCGGAGAUUCCCAGGAUCUCCAAGUCGCUCAUUUACAGACCUGCAAAGAAAGUUCUUUCUGGAAAAAUGGCCAACCUGGAGACUUUAGUAGAGGAAAAGUUGUGUUCUGAUGGCAUCGACCUCACAGAAGAGCCAUAUUCUGACAAGCAUGGCCGUUAUGGAGUGCCAUUCUCUCUGGUCCAGAGAUAUUCUGAAGAUCUGGACAAACCUUUGGGUGACAUUGCCAUUGUGAUGGAUCAGACGAGAGUCCAACAGCUUCUAAAGCAGCAUCGUAUAGCCAUCCCACUGAGAGGUUUGUCAGAGAUCUGUGUGAUUCCUUGAGCACGUCGUAAUGGAUUUCAGACCUGGGAGAGCAGCUUUGGAGGAAGGGCUGGAAUGAUCAAACAGCAGUACUGCUUCAUUGACUCUCCUAGUGGCGUUUUACUUGCUUUUGAUUCAGCUGAAAGUUUUUCCAGCUAGAAUUUGCCCCGACUUAUUUUGUCCUUUUCGGGUUUAGACAGCACGGUAGAAACUGAAAUAGUUUGACUUUCAUAUGUGGCUGUGUUUUGAAGUCACUGAUGAGUGAUUUCUUUUGAAUCAACUUUUGAUUUCUAUCUGUAGUGAUCUAAAUGCAACAGUUCCAACUAAAACUUUUUAGGAGUUUAUGCGAACCAUAAAUGUUGCCUUUGAAAAUGUACAUAUAAUAGUGACUCUGAGUGUAAACCUACAUUUGUUGUAAUAUGUUUUGGAUAUAUUGA